GGCUGUCGUUAACCCCUCCCUACGAAAAUUUUCAUAUUGUGCUUAAGCCUAUCGACGAGCCAGUUUUCUUGCAACACUAAAUAGUGCUCAUCGAAUGGAUCCCAGAAUCCUGCGAGACACUGGCGAACUCUCUGAUUUUACCGUUUAUGUUGAAAAGGAUCGAUUCAAGCUGCAUAAAUUUCCACUCUAUACUAAGUCGGAAUACUUCAAAGAUUUAGCUGCUAGCAAUCAUGUUUGUGAACUUGCCAAUUUUCCUGGAGGAUCAAAGAUGUUCUCACUAAUUGCCGACCAUUGCUAUGACAAAGACAUUGAUAUAAACAUGUACAAUGUUGCGUUUAUAUUUGCGUGUGCUGAAUUUUUACGUAUGAAAGGACGAAAUAAUCUACUUGAUAUUUGCCGAAGCCGCAUAAACGAUAUAUGCGCUGACGCAAAAGAUAAAGGAUGUUUUGCCCCCUUGGUUAUUUUGUUAUGUUGUAUGAAUGAGGUUAAAGACAACACGUCGUCCACAACUUUCACGGAUACACUGGAUGUAAUACGCACUAUUUGGCAAAAUGAAAAGCGUCAAACCUCUGAAGAUUCAACAGUAAUGGUAGAAAAGGGGACGGAGUUGUACGGCGAUAAUAGGGCACAGAACAAACUGGUUGAGGACUUUCUCGUUUACCUACCUCUGGAUGUUGCUGUUCAGCUUAUAAAUUCUUCUGGCUUCGGUUGCGAAUCUGCCUAUGACUUUAUAUCAAAAUAUUUAGGUCGCAUACUAGAUCAUCAUCUGGUAAGCGACAAAAGACGAGCGACUAUCAAUCACAAUGGAGCGAAUUCGUCGCAAAAGCCAGCUGCUUGUGAAAGUACAACAACUCCCCGUGUCCAACAGUCCGUCCCUGAAAAGAUUUGUCAACCCGCAAGUCUGGCAAGCGUUGGGGACCAGCUUCUGCUUGAAAAGUUUCAUAAAAAUAACCCGCUUCUACGUGAUAACUUAUCAAAACCUGUCGAACAUUUCGAAUCGAUCUUUGAUCUUAUUCCGGAAGUAAACACACUGCAUGAACACGUUUCGCCAGAAUGGGCAAAACAAGCCCUAAUUUUGGUGUACAAUUCUGAACCAAAACCAAGAUGCUACCAGAAGAUUCUCAAACUGGCGCAUAAAAUGCUUUUGAAACUCAGCACCGUGGACGUCUCCGAUCUCCCUUCCCCGCUGAUGCGGGAUCUGGUAGCGGCUUUUGAUCCGGUGCCACGUAGAACACGUCAGAGUGGCACGAUUAGUCCUCUGAGGAAAGCAUCCAAUCUGCCCAGUGGUGCCGGAACGCCGUCCGAACUGCAUGAAGCUGACGAUGAGGAGAGCAACAUAGCUCCUAAAGGGAGUCUGGUGUCGGAAGAAGAAGAAGUAACAGAUAUCGAUUCGCAGCAAACCUUGGCUCCGCUUCCCACCGAGAUGACUAUGUUCAUGUUGCAGUAUAUGAACAAAAAGGCUGAGGAAGGCAGUUUGACCGAGGAUGAGUUUCUGGACCUUUUCCAAAAGUUGGAUUUAUCACUAGCCGACAAGAAAUCUCAGGAUAUAUUGUUAACCAUAUUACUCAAGUUACACGAAGCAGGUCGAUCUCUCAAUGAGCAACAAAUGGAGAAGGUGCUGAGCCGCAUUGACCUUUCAACGUGUUCCGUGGAUGCUUUGGAACGAGCUCUGGAGUCAGACACACUGCCACCCAAGCCGAUCGCCCAAGCAGUUAUCAAAGCAAUCAGAGAGUGUCCUUCCGUUUAUCCAGAGGCGCCUGCCACACAAACUGUGCCAACCAAACCGUCGAUGCAUGUCGACCCAGCUACCUCUAACGGAAAAAGUAAACCGAAACGCCUUUACGGAAUGCAUGUUGCCAGUGACAACACGGUACAGUCAUGGAAUCGACCGUCCAUGUGUGGAUUGUCAGGAGGCUACUCGAACAUGUUUGCUUACUCAAUGUCACCCGCUCAAGGCAUGCGCCGUCCUUCGUCGAAGAUAUCGCGGGAUACCGUUUGAAUAUUCAACCUUUCAGGAUACAAGUCUUUCAAAACUCGGUAAAUAUUCGGCAUCACCAAGCCCACGUCGAACAGCCAGCUGUAGUACCCAUUCAG